GAUUGGUCCGGGUCGGGCGCGAUGGCCGCGUUGGUUUCCGAGGUGGUGGACCUGGUCAGCGACAGCGGCAGCGACGGGGAGGUUGGCGCGAGCGGUGCCAGGGGCGGGCAGGGCCCGGCCUGUUCCAGACGUGAAGGACGUGGCGGAGGUCCCUGCCGCGUCCUGGGCAGCGACAGCAGUGACAGUGAGGAGGAAGAGGCCGGGGCGGCGGAGCGGCUGCGGCCCCCUGCCCCUCGGCGGCGGCGCCUUCUGCUGGGGGCAGGGGAGGCCCCCGUGGUCCCCGUAUAUUCGGGCAAGGUGAAGAGCAGCCUCCGCUUCUUCCCCAAGGAUCUUAGGCAGCCACUGUUCACCGGAAGCCCUAGCAGGGAAGCUCUGGAUUUGGAUUCUGAGAGAUCCCUUUCUGAGGCCCUCGUUUUGCCAGUUUCUUCUUCAGAAAAGAAUCAAAAGGCUAAUGAAGAAGAGAACCAUUUUUUGGUCCGGGACAGUUCCUCUUCUCCUUCUCCCCCUCCCAGGCGCCGUGGGCCAUCCAGGAAACCAUCAAGAGCCCUUGGAAAAAUAAGGGAGGUGAAUAAGCGCUUGCGGGGUCUCCGAUCUUACCUGAGCCCACUGUCACCCAAAGACCAUGUUCCUGAGAACUCUGAUGAUGAAGUGAUCUUGGUGGAGGAGACCAAUGUUAGGGAGAGCCCCCGACUCUUAACUCUUAAAGUCAGAUGCCGGGCAGACCUUGUCAGAUUACCUCUCAGUACGGCUGAGCCCUUGCAGAUCGUUGUGGAUCACAUGGCAUCUCGCCUAGGAGUGCCCCCUGCCCGAAUUCUUCUGCUGUUCCGAGAAGUAGAACUUUCCCCUAGUGCCACCCUCAGCUCUCUAAAGAUUGGAGUGGCUGACAUCAUUGAUUGUGUGGUCCUGUCCAGUACUCCUGAGCCUUCAAAAGAGUCAGGAUCGGGUGAGGAACUUCGGCUCAGGGUUCAGGGACAAGAGAAGCACCAGGUUCUGGAGGUCACUGUGCCCCGGGGUGCUCCGCUUAGAACACUGAUGUCUCACUAUGCAGAGGCCAUGGGACUCAAAGGACAUAAGCUCUCUUUCUUUUUUGAUGGUGAGAAGCUUUCAGGCCAAGGCACCCCAGCAGAGUUAGGCAUGGAACAAGAGGACCUCAUUGAAGUUAGGGGUUGAAGUGCAGUGUUCAGCCUUCUACCUCCUCCCCUGCCUUCACGCAGUGAGAUGCAAAGCUGGGGCUCCUCAAAAAUGGAAGGAGAAUGCCUGCCCUUCUGGCCUUCCUUUCCCAUCUUCUCUCCCCUCUUCCAGUUGCCCUGAAGCUAGAUCUGAGGAAGACUUUCCCUUUCCCCCUCCUUUUCCCUUGUCGUCACUUACCCCUUGCCCUUCUUUCAUGGGUGUCCUGGGUGUGGAACGGCUGCUCUAGCAUUUGCUCUUGUCGGUUUCUAUGAGGGCAUCCUAGUCCCCUCCUGCCAGCUGAAGGGUUUAUUGAGUCCCAGUUACUCUGUAUAUAUGUAAAUGUGUCCUUUGACCUCUAUCUCCUUGCACUGAUUCUUUUGGAUUUUGGGCUGUGAAGAUAAAUUGCAGACCUCUCAUUUCCCAAUAUCUUUUCACGAAACCAGUCGUUUUUAUAACUGGAGUUAAAAUAAAAUGAUGUAGUUUGGA